CGAGCGGGCGAGCGGGCGCCGGCAGGAUGAGUUCCGGGGCGGCGCUGCAGGAGGAGUACCGCAGGUGCCUGGAGAGGGACUUCCGCCGGGGCCGGGCCGACAUCUGCACCGACGGCGCCCUGAAGGAGCGCCUGUGGCGGCAGCUGCUGGAGGACCCGGGCCUGCACUCCGCCCUGCAGGGCGAGGACCUGUUUGCCAUGCUCGCCGUGGCCCUGCGGGGCCAGCCGGACCUGGGGGCGGCGCUGCGGAGCCUCCGGAGGGCCUUCGAGGUGCUGGAGCUGGCCGCCAUCCACCUGUACUUCUUUCCCUGGCGCAAGGAGUUCAGCACCAUCAAGACCUUCUCCGGCGUCUACGUGCACGUCCUGCAGGGAGUCGUGCCGGAGGCAGACCUGGCCAGGAGCUUCCGGCGCCUGGGCUACAUCCAGAGGGACAGCCUCUGCCUGGAGAUCGCCCAGCUGCCCCCGGGGGCCAGCCUGCUCUCGGCCGCGUGCGGCUUCUUCGCUGCCAGGAUGGAGUGCGAGCUCUUGGAGCGGCUGGCGGGGCAGCUGGAGCCCUGCGUGGUCAGCCCAGAAGAGCUGCUCCAGGCCCGGCGGGAAGCCCCGGGCAGCCUGGAGGCCUGCGUGGCCGCGCUGCAGAGCCUCGUCCGGCGGCCGCAGGGCAGAGAUUUCCAUGCAGAGCUGGCCGACGGGAUCGAUCUGUACAGGGAGAGCCCCGAGGGACCGAGCCCAUUUCAGGAGGCCCUGGGUGCCCAGUUGCCGCCACCCCAGCGUCCGGGAGCCCUGUGUGAGCGCGGCAGCCCCCGGCUCCGGAGCAGAGCGCUGCAUCUGCGGAGCCCUCGGGGACGGGCGGAGAGCCGCGGCCAGGGGUGCUCGCCAGGCCCGGAGCAGCCCUACGGCAAUGGGCCGCUGGGCUCCGAGGAGGCCGACCCGGAGACCUCCUUCUCGUUCAUCUCCCUGCGGCGGGAGCUCAGCAGGACAGCCGAGGCAGAGCAGCUGGGGGCCCGGUUCCUGUGCCCCAGCCCGCACUACGACGGCCCCCAGCCGCACGGGACGAGCGGCCCGGCCUCCCCGUCGUCCCGGCAGGCCAGGAGCCCCCAGCUCAGCCCCGCCGGCCUGCGCCGGGCCCAGGGGCUCGCCGCCGGGAUGGGCGCGGCGACCGAGCCGCCCCGCUACCUGCUGCACUCGUGCCUGCGCCCGGGCGCCCUGCCCUCGUCGUGCUGCAGCACCUGCCGGCUGCUUCAUGGCAGCGGCUGCGACGGGGCCCAGCUGUGCCGCGGCAGGCACCACGUGGAGGAGCUGCAGAGCGAGAAGCAGCAGCGCCUCUGGCUGCAGCGCACGGAGGUCGACAGGCUGCUGCAGGAGGGGACGGGGGCCUGGCAGUGA